AUGAGUCCAUCAUUCGAAGUUACAAUCUUAGGGGCAUCAGGGGGUCCACUAGAAGGAACGACUCAAUGUUUUAUGGUUCGUCCAACAAGGUUGGACACACUAGCCUCAAUUUGUGUUGAUGCUGGAGUCGGACUUAGACAAAUUAUUCAUACGCUGCUGGACUCCAAGGGAACCUUGGAUGCGGAGGCUCAGAUUGAAAGUUUUUAUGAAAACGAUUUUGAACCAGCUUCAUCAUUUGUUCAUCCUGAAGCUCCAUACAAACUUGGUUUCUCAGAAUCAAUACUCCACUCUUUAAAAAAGGCGAUGGGUGAAUCAAAAGAAAAUCUUAAUACCAUGGAUGUUGCAUUACAACUUUUCCAAAAUCUAAAAGAAUACUAUGUGACUCAUCCGCAUUUAGAUCAUACGAAUGCCUUAGUCAUAAAUUCUCCUUCCAUUUAUGACCCUAGGUUUCCAUCAAACAAAACCGUAUACGGUCUCCCGUUUUCUGUUGAAGGUUUGAAAAAGCAUAUCUUCAAUGAUGUUUCUUGGCCAAAUUUAAUCGAAGAUGGGACUGGAAUGUUGGAGGUAGAAGCACUUAAGUCGGAAUCGUCGCAUGAUUGUAAAAUUUUCCCGCAAUGGAAUAUACUACCAUUUAAAGUCUCCCAUGGGGUGGGGGCCUCUGAUGUACUUGAUCAUAUCUAUAGUACAGUCUAUCUACUCAGGGACCGAAAAUCAAAUGAUUGCAUUGUCAUCGGUGGUGAUGUUGAAAGAGAUCCUAAAACAGGUAAUAAGAUAUAUUUGGAUAAAGUUUGGCAGUACUUGGCGUCUAAUAUACCACCAAAAAACCUUAAGGGAAUUUUUAUCGAAUGCUCAAGCCCAAACUCCUCUGAUGAUGAACAUCUGUACGGUCAUAUGUCUCCAAAUCACUUAAUACAAGAAUUAUCUCGACUUAGAGGUUUAUACAAUAAUCCUAAUUGUCUCGAUGGUCUCAAUAUCAUAAUUACACAUACAAAAAUGAUCAGUUCUAACAUUGACCCAAGGUUCAUCAUUUUGAGACAAUUAAGGGAACUAGCAAAAGUUACUUUUAUGGAAAAAGUUUUAUUUUCCAUAGCUCUCCCUGGGUUUACAGUGGUAUUGUAA